AUGGGAACGGAGGUAGACUUUGGUGGGAUCGCGUUCUCUACGUCACUAACUGUGAUAAGUAGCAUGGUAUGGGGGAAAAGUGUGGAUGAAGAGGAAGAAAGCAGUAAUAAUCUAUGGGCUGGAUUCCGAGAAGUGAUGUCAGGGGUAAUGGAUAUUGUGGGAGAGGCGAACGUGUCGGACUUUUUUCCGGUGCUUACGAGAUUCGAUUUACAAGGAGUCCAGCGAAAAAUGAAGCUGCAAUUUGAGAAGUUCGAUGCAAUCCUCCAGAGGAUAAUCGAUGAAAGAAUGAGCAUUAAACCCAAAGAGUCAACGGAGCAACAUGGAAGAAAAGAUUUCGUCCAGAUUUUACUAGAGCUUAAACAACAAAAUACCGAAUCUUCAUUUAGCCUUACGCAAAUAAAAGCUUUUCUCGUGGACUUUUUUAUCGCAGGCACUGACACAACAACAGUAAUGGCAGAAUGGACAAUGACAGAGGUAUUAAAACAUCCAGACGUAUUGAAAAAGAUACAAGAGGAACUAGAACAAGUUGUAGGAGAACACAACACUGUGGAAGAAUCUCAUCUUCCAAAACUACGUUACCUAGAUGCAGUAAUUAAGGAAACAUUCCGUUUACACCCUGCACUUCCACUCUUGGUAGUUCGAUCUCCGAGUAAAUCGUGCACCGUUGAUGGAUACACAGUUCCAAAGGGUUCUAGUGUGUAUUUGAAUGUCUGGGCUAUACAUAGAGAUCCUCAAUAUUGGGAGAAUCCUUUAGAAUUUGAUCCAAAUAGAUUUCUAAACCUCGAUGGAACAACAAAGUUUAAUUAUAAUGGACUAAAUACAAACUUUCUUGCUUUUGGAUCUGGUAGAAGAAGGUGUCCUGGGCUUCCCUUGGGCGAGAAGAUGCUCAUGUAUCUUUUGGCUUCAUUGUUGCACUCGUUCAACUGGACUUUGCCUGAUGAGAAAGAGCACGAGCUUCCCGAUAAAUUUGGCGUUGUCUUGAAGAAAGGAAAUCCACUCAUAGCUAUUCCUUCUCAGAGGUUUGCACACAAAAAUCUCUAUAUGGAAUAG